CUCUCUGAUGGCGGGCAUGAGGAUGUUUGGAGUGGGUCGUCUUUUUACCCGGAAGUCGUGGCUGGAGGAUCACCCGGAGCCGAGCUACUGGCAGGUCACCAAGGUCAAAGUGGACUACACGUCUGAGAACAUGGAUCACGGCAGAGCCUGGGGGGUUCUCACCUACAAAGGUAAACAGGAGGACGAUGUGAAGGAGAUCGAUAAGGUGAUGUACCACGACUGGCGCCUGAUUCCCAAACACAUGGAGCAGCAGUUUAAGGACUUCCAGCCGCUCCCUGAGCCGCCCGUGCGUUCCGUGCCGUACCCUCCUCUUCUCCGCGCCAUGAUGUUUGCCCAGCACAGGAAAGAGAGAGGCAGCGUGAUGAGUGAGGAGCCGAUGCUGCCUCUAAAGAGAGACGUUGUGUUCAACAGAGAAUAUUUCAGAAAGCAGGAGCAGGAGAGGAGGAGCAUGCAGGAGACGGCGGUGUGAAGAGUGAAGGGCAGUGAUCAGACUUUUUUUGGACCAAUCAGUGGAGACAGAAUAAAAACUGUGGGAGCCCUCGUCUCCAUGUCCUCUGAUAUCCUGCUGACCCCUGGACGUUAAUGACCUCUCGGCUUUGUUCACCACAGCCGGCCUCUCUCAGUGUCUGUGUGAUAUUAUUGUUAUUAAAUUUGAGUUAAAGAUC